AUGGAUGGAUGCUCCUGGAUGAUGGGCAAUGAAGUGCAGGAAAGCAUGUGGGAUGCGCGCAGGAAUGCGUCACAGGAGAGUAGCGCAUGUGUCAUGCGAUGCACAGGAAGAUCACACAUGGCUCUACAGGCAUACAGAGGUUUGUACUACACAGACCACAUCAAGGAGUCAGCCGAUGAGGUAAUUGCAAGUGGGGGUAUUACCUCUCAUGGUUCCAAGUUGUGUGUGUGCCAUGAGAUGACCACAGAGAAAUAUGAGGCAGAGUUGGCCACUGUGAAAGAGAAGGUUCAGAAGAGGGCUACCAAAGCCAAGGAAAGCCAGGAUGUUGAUGAAGACACAAAAGUGAAGGCUAUCCAUGAGCUUCCAAUGAUAUUGGACCAAAUUUUUCAACACCUUACUUGCAUGACGGGAGGUUGGAAAUUCUCAGUCCUGAUGGGUGGUCAUGAUCCAGAAUCUGGGGGUACCAUGCAUUUCUUCGACUAUCACCUUGGUGAAGGCGCAGCUGGGGGACAGUUCGCAGACUCAUACAUCAAGUACAGCAAUGUACUUAAGGGGUUUGCAAGUUUUGUAGAGAGCACAAUCAAGUAUGAGGAGUCUCUUCCAGUUAUCCGCAGUGGGCAUGACAGCAAGGCAGAAGAGAAUGUUGAUGAGUCCAAUGUCAAGGGGGACUGGAAUCAUAGUGGUGAUAGAGAGCAUGAGAAACAGGCUAGAUUUGAGGUGGCACUUGAUGGGUUGACUCCAAUUCCAAACAACAAGUCUAAUGCAUCACAAAUGCUUCAGUUCAACUUGCCCAAAGCUUCUAUUGGUUCUGGGGCUCAUGACACAUUGCCGUUCAAUUACAAUGCUAUCAACUACAACAGUCUGCAGCCUGCAGACUAUGAGGCUGCAUUGUCCUCUUUCCUUGAGGCGUCUCUGCUCAAAUCAGACUUUGGCAUGGUGGUAUCCAACUCAAAUCUGCCACCUCUACCUCCAGUAGGUAGGGAAGUCCCAGUGCCACCAUAUUGUUUCCCUGUGCCUCAGAGCAUUGAGCCUGCUGGUCCUGCACCAGCUGUGGUGUUCCAGCCUCCUGCACUCCAAAUGACUGGACCUCCUACUCCCCCAGCAUCUCAGACCUCGCCUCCUGCAUUCCACAUGACUGGACCUCCCACUCCCCUGGCUUCUCAGAUCUCACCUCCUGCAUCUCCACCUCCCACUCCCCCGGCUUCUCAGAUCUUGCCUCCUGCAUCUCCACCUCCCACUCCCCCAGCAACUCAGAUCUUGCCUCCUGCAUCCCAAAUGACUGGACCUCCCACUCCCACAGACUCACCUCCUGCAUCCCAAAUGACUGGACCUCCCACUCCCACAGACUUGCCUCCUGCUCCACCUUCUGCAAUGACCAGACCUCCUACUCCCUUGACAUCUCAGUCAGUGUUUGCUGCACUGGGACCUGGGCCCCUUCCCCCCACAGUGCCUCAACUUGCUCACCACAUCAAGGACGAACAACCUGGUGUUUGGUGGACUGGUAGGACACAUCGAGCCAUCCCUUUCAAUCGUCACGAACUAGAUAAUUCUGGCCAAGUGGGCGGGGAAAAUGAUACAUCAACUCAGGCCUCGAAAUGUGGCAACAAGCACAAUGCUGAAAAUACUUGUAACACAUCUAGGAAAUUCUUUGAUGAUGGUGUGGGGAAAGUCAGGAAUGAAAUGGGGUAUGGCCCAAAAGGGAAGGAAAGGUUUCCAAAAAGGGAGGGAUCUGCUUCGACACCUGAUUCUAACAUGGUGCUGAUCAUGGGUUCUGGAGGGCGACAGGGAGAUGGCAUCGGUGAUUGA